UGACAACCCAAGUAGUUAUGACCGAUUGUUGGUUUAAAGAACAAGCCUGGGAGGAGGUGGUGAAGGCCCUAAAUGCGUAAGUAACUAUAGUUGCAAAUGUUAUUGUAUGACUCUAUUAUCGCGGCGUCGGCAAAUCUCGUAUCAGCAUAUGAAAACUAAUUAAAAGAUAUAAGUACAUCAAUGCAGCUGAAGGCCAGCAUUAUCAAAAUAUCUGACAGGAAUUAAAACAAUGAAUAAAUAAUAACAGAACUUUUACUCAAUAAGAAAGCAAUAACAUUGUUGUCAUCGUCAUUUCAGUAUGUUAAUUUUAGUAUGUUAUUUACAAAGGUAAAUCAAUAAUGUCAUCACAAGCAGAUGUAAUAAGUUAUAUGGUGAUUUGUCUUCAGCCAAAGACAAAUCUGAUGCCAUCAGACGGCCCAAAACUGGUGGUCUCGCCCUCAUUUGCCGAGACGUUGAUCAUUGAAAAUCUACAAGAUCGACCUACCCUGCAGGGUUUGUUAGAUGGCUUUGACACUGAAGAUUUCAGUGGAACACUAUCUGCAACAACUGCAUCAGAGGAUCCGGGGUUGGGCAUGGACAUGUUGUCAAAUGAGCCCAAUUGCCCGGUGCAACUGGAUCUUGUGAUUGACAAACAGGGAAUCCUGCAAGUUCCAACCCCAAGUCCCUGCAAUGGUCCUUUCAAGGAGCCACCCAAAAAAAAAAGCUAAAUUGCAUGAGGAAGAAAUUCUUACCC